GCAGCUAAAACCACUAUCCUACCAACUGUCCCUGUAAUAAUGCUAUACUAAUAGCUCCACUAGACUGCUACAAGGUUUAUCUUUGUUGCACUGAUGCCUGGCCUGUGCAGUAGCUUUAUGAGGAGCAGGUGUAAUGAAAUGAAUCUCAAAGUCAAAAGAAGCUCUGAAAAAGGGAAACUGCCACAUUUGUUUUUUCUCAUGGAAAUACAACUGUGGAGCAAUGAGCUCAACUGUCCUCGGCAAGUGAGCUGACUGCAAAGAGUCAGAGCCGCCGAGUGAGGCUCCUGUUCUGUGGUAAAACCACACACACACACACACAAAGGAAAGAAGUGUUAGUAAACUUUGUGGUGACUUGUCACAAUGUGUGCCAGUGAGUGUGCGAAAUGCUGCCGAACAGGGGGUUCCUCGGUGCGGUUACGGAGUGAGCGAGCGGUGAGUCACUGCGCGCCACUCGCCUGUCCGCUCGCUGUCGAUGGCUGACAACAGCGCGUGCAGCCGUACCGGAACAGAGCACGCGCUGAAAUCGAAAGGCACUGAGUGGUAGAGGAAAGAGACAGAGGAAAGGCGUGAUAAAUGAGGGAGGCAGCGCGCGCACGGUGAACGACAUGCUGCACACAGUCGGAACACAGAGAGCGGUUCCCCCCUCACACGAGGACACGAGCGGGCUUGAGUGCCGCGCGGGGGCAGAGCCGCCCGAGGAUCGCCUUGGCGACACAGAAGCGACGGCGGCGUGCCGGGCAGGACUUCGCUGCGUCAACGGCGAGGACGCGGAGUGCCGUGCGGACGGUGGCGUGCGCGUGGGCUCGCUGCACUCUGUGUUCGAGCCUCUGUCGGCGGAUUCGCAGCAGCGCGCGCGCCGCGCCGUACCCGGCAAGCAGAUGCCAAAGGACAGGCGAAGGGCGUCCCGGGAGGUCGCGCACGGCGAGACGGCGCCACCGCGAGAGAGAAGGUCCGCUCGUUGGGCCACGGACAUGAUGAUGUGCAACGUAGUCGACCCCGCGCCGGAGAAGGCCAAGGCGCAGGAAGGCGCGCUAAGCUGCCACCAGGGCUGCGUCCCUCAGGUAACCAUAACCCCAGAGGGCGGCGGCGGGUCCCAGGAGAUUCCCGAGGAGGAGUGGGCCAAAGUGCAGACUCCGCUGAGCCGAAAGCUCUCCAGCUCUUCCGUGUCCUCCACGGGGUCCUCCGCGACGCACGAAGAGUCCGAGGACGACGUGCUGAGCGACACCGAGAACAGGAGCAAGGGCAUCGUGACCCUGGAGGCGGCCGAGGAUCCCGUCACGCAGCACAAGCCUUGGUCAAAGAUCAAGAACAUUGUCCACUGGCCUUUUGUCGUCUCACAGCGCAAACGUUUGUCCUGGAUUCAGCUUGCUGGGCACAAAGGCAGUUUUAAGGCUGGAGAGGAGGGCACCAUUCUGAAAAAGUUCUCAGAGAAUGAGAAGGUGUGCUUUGAGUGCCUGAGGGGAGACCUGUUGGAGCCAUUUGUGCCGAGGUUCCAUGGAGUGACAGAGCGUGAUGGGGAGACCUUCCUGCAGCUGACUGACCUGCUGACAGACUUUGAUGGGCCCAGCGUUAUGGACUGCAAGAUGGGUGUGAGGACGUAUCUGGAAGAGGAGCUGGUGCGUGCCCGGGAGAGGCCCAAGCUGCGCAAGGACAUGUAUGACAAGAUGCUAGAGGUGGACAGUGAAGCGCCCACUGCAGAGGAGCACCAGCAACAGGCCAUCACCAAGCCUCGUUACAUGCAGUGGCGUGAGACCCUCAGCUCCACCCACACGCUAGGCUUCCGCAUCGAGGGUGUCAAGAAACCUGAUGGAACAUGUAGCACAGACUUCAAAAAGACCCGAUCAAAGGAGGAUGUCAAGCAGGUCUUCACAGAUUUUGUGGCUGGGAACACAAACAUCAUUAGGUCCUAUCUGAGAAAACUAGAGGAGAUCCGGAAAGUCCUGGAGUCUUCAGAAUUCUUCAGGACACACGAGGUCAUUGGAAGUUCCCUGCUCUUCAUCCAUGACCACAAAGAGCGAGCAGAGGUGUGGCUCAUUGACUUUGGAAAGACUACUGCACUCCCAGAUGGGCAAAUGCUGGACCACAGGGUGCCCUGGCAGGAGGGUAAUCGUGAGGAUGGCUACUUAUGGGGCCUGGACAAUCUGCUUAAACUACUGGGCUCUCUGCUAGAGCUUUGACCAUGUGUCUCCUCCAGUGUCACAAUUCUGGUUUUCUCAUCACAGAUGUGUCUUGAAGAGAAGAAGGAUGGGGGUCUUAAAGUAAUGUGUGUCUGAGGCAGAGGAACAUUCUUCUCAAGUGCUCAGAUUCCUACAUUAUUUAAAAGUUGUGUAUUCAGCUAUACUGUUCUUUAGUACCACUAGAGAGAACGAUUUGCUCUACAUGUUAUGAAGACACAAAACUCUCAGAAUAGUUUAAUAAUGAGUUUUCAUUCAGUCAACCAGACAAAAUACAUGUUUCAGCAUUUUAUUGUGAUUCAAUAACUUGUCUAGGUCUGGUGCUCAAUUUGACCCUUCUCAGGCUGUGAUAUGUUCAGGCUGGUCAGCAGUAAGAUAAAGGAUUAUCAGGUAGGAGUAGUUAUUUUUCCAGGUUGAGAGUAUCAUUUUUUUCACCAGAGGAGGUCAGAAAGAUCAAAUAUAUAGUCAUUAGAGGGCCACAGCCUUGUCAACAGUAACUGAAUAACUAACUAUAAGCUGCAUGGUGCAGUAUUAUCUACUACUAGCCUACAGUCCAAGAACAUUACAGCUCAACAAAUUAGAGAGAAAAAAUAAUUUUAGAAAUGUGACAACUGCAUUUUAAAGGCCAGCCUAAUUGUCAUGUAUCUGAGAUGCCUUAUCUGUGUUUUUGUAACAGUUCUGACAUUGACGGAUGAAUGUAUUGCUGCAUUUUACUAACUGGAUCAAUCAAUGCUGUGAUCGAGAUUAUUGGAAGCUGGCAGUGAGAAACUCCAGGUUUGAGUCAUGAGACAAUCAAUAGUUGAAUGCCUGCAAUGAUGUUUUAACAGGUUUUCUGAGGCAGGUGAAGAUUUCCCAUUGGCUCACAACUUUUGUAUAAGUUUGUUUGUUAUACUAGAACUAUACUUUGGUUGUGAAAACUGAUUCUCAAAAUAUUUUGACAAUUGGUUAUAAUCUGUCAAUUUGGUAAGGGAUUAGAUCCUUCCUCACCAUCUUUUCUGUACAUACCUUUUAACAUCUGUAUAUAAAGUGACCAGUGAUGUUUACAAAUUACAAAACACUAGAUGUUCGUUGCCCUUAUGUUGGCUGAUUUUAUCAAAGACGCACUUGCUAUUAAGUACCAUGUUUGUGAUUAAGUCCAGUUUACACUUUUACAUUUUAUCACUCCUAGAGCAGUUAACCUAGUUAUUAAUUUAGUCAUUUCUACAAAUAAGUAAGCUUGUCCAACACUGAAUGCAUUAUUAAACAGGAAUGCUAAUUUAUGGGGACAUUUAUAUGAGGGACAUUUACCUGUCUGUUUAAGGGAGAAGUAUAAUUCUAAAUGCAAAAAAAAAAUUGAAAUAUUUUUAUUAUACAAAAAAUAUAUUUUCUAUAUGCAGUAAUCUAAGAUAAUAGUAAAUACAAAAAAUUUUAAGAACUAGUUUUCUAUAGACUUUGUUUAUAAAACUAACCAGAAAAUAGAUUGAACAUGAUUUAUACAUACAGUUUAAAAAUGCUUUUGCAUUUUAAUUUUUUAGUUUUUUAAGAGAAAGGGUAUUUAAUUACAAGUUGGAAAUUAAAUUGAUUUUAUGUUUCUAUCUUUUUAGCUUUUGUCCCAGACCAUGUUGAACUAAGGGCUUGACUGUCUUUGUUAAGUGAGUUACAGUAAGGUUGUAUGCAACUAAAAACACUACUUUGCUGAUCCAAACUCUGCUGUGUAUAUUAUCUUGAACUAUAUGUUGGUUUUCAAAAAUUAUCAAUUAAAAAUGAACAAAAACCUUUUAUGUG